AAUUGGUCUGGCCCGAACCUGUUUCACGCAGUCGGCCGUCUGUCAGUCAGCACCACGCUGCCCUCCUCCGCCUCGGCUGGCAUCAUCCUGCUGUGUGCCCACCUUAUUCCAGCGACCAUCCCUCUCUUUGAUGUGAUUUAUACCAACAGCAAGAACCGCCGCAUUUUCUCUAUUUUCUACGUCUUAUUUGUAGCUUUAUGUUUUACAAUCAGGAUGCGCUGGGGGUGUUGUCCUGUUUUUGUUAGCUAGGCGGACAAAUUCCUUCAACCAGCCUGCUGUUUCAAUCACUGCAGGCGGACACUACAUCAGUCGACGCGCCGUUUGGUGAGCUAGCGGGUUAGCAGCGCUGCCUUUCUAGCUGUAAUUUAGCUCAAAUUGGCUGAUAUUGGGCUAAGCUUGGGGACACUGCUCAGACAGCUGCCACUGGUUUGGAUGCCGCGACACUGCAGGUUGCAACUCGGAGAAGCCACUCGUUCUCCCGGCUCCAUCUCCCGUGAUUUGCGGUGAACAUCCGGGUGAAGUCGCAGCUCUUCUCGGCUGGGGGACAACUUGACAGCGAGGCCCCUUGGCUUGUCUCCCCUCCCCCAGCCCCGCCGUCCGUUUCUGUAAUACUGACGACAGCCUCCUCGAACUCGGGGGUUGGAGAGGAGCAGGAACCGUGAAGCUGAGGUGUUGGUCCGGUCCCGUUUUUAAACCGGGCUGCCAAAACCAGGGAGGAUGACUCUGGAGUCCAUGAUGGCUUGUUGCCUGAGCGAGGAGGCGAAGGAGUCGAAACGAAUCAAUGCAGAAAUUGACAAACAACUCCGCCGAGACAAGCGAGACUCCAGGAGAGAACUGAAAUUACUACUACUCGGGACAGGAGAAAGUGGCAAAAGCACCUUUAUCAAACAGAUGAGGAUCAUCCAUGGAGCUGGCUACUCAGACGAAGACAAGAGGGGCUUCAUUCGGCUUGUUUACCAAAACAUCUUCACCUCCAUGCAGGCCAUGAUUCGUGCCACGGAAACUCUCAAGAUCCCGUACAAAUAUGAACAGAACCGAGCCAAUGCCAUGGUUGUGAAGGAGGUGGAUAUUGAGAAGAUCAAUGGGUUUGACCAGCACUACGUUGCAGCUAUUAAAAGCCUGUGGGCCGACCCGGGCAUCCAGGAGGCCUAUGACCGCCGCAGAGAGUACCAGCUCUCUGACUCCACUAAGUAUUACCUUAGCGAUAUAAACCGUGUGACCGCGGAGGGAUACGUUCCCACCCAGCAGGAUGUGCUGAGGGUCCGCGUUCCCACCACGGGUAUAAUAGAGUACCCGUUUGACCUGGAGAACGUCAUCUUCAGUUAUCUUUCGGAUCUGGAUCGUAUUGUCGAUCCCAACUAUCUUCCCACUCAGCAGGACGUACUCAGAGUGCGCAUACCCACUACAGGAAUCAUAGAGUACCCCUUCGACUUGCAGAGCAUCAUUUUCAGGAUGGUGGAUGUAGGGGGUCAGAGGUCAGAGAGGAGAAAGUGGAUUCACUGCUUUGAGAACGUCACCUCCAUUAUGUUUCUGGUGGCCCUGAGUGAGUAUGACCAGGUCCUGGUGGAGUCCGACAACGAGAACCGUAUGGAGGAGAGCAAGGCUCUCUUCAGAACCAUCAUCACCUACCCCUGGUUUCAAAACUCCUCUGUCAUCCUCUUCCUCAACAAGAAGGACCUGUUGGAGGAGAAGAUCUCCUACUCACACCUGGUGGAUUACUUUCCUGAGUUUGAUGGUCCACAGAGAGAUGCCCAGGCAGCGCGGGAGUUCAUCCUCAAAAUGUUUGUGGACUUGAACCCGGACAGCGACAAGAUCAUCUACUCUCACUUCACUUGUGCCACGGACACUGAGAACAUCCGCUUCGUGUUUGCAGCUGUCAAAGACACCAUCCUACAGCUCAAUCUAAAAGAGUACAACCUGGUGUGAGGGCUCACUUACGAUGCACACCUCCUCUCCCAUUGCACAAAGGCACGCCUCUCUGGGAGCGCGCCGCCAACUCCACACGCAUCACGCAGCACACUACUCCGGCUGUCCCGCGCCACCACACACAAACAGAACUCCUGCUUUUUUUUUUCUAGUUCUUUUUCAGUACGUUGUAUUUACAGACACCCCAUGCCCCCUCGUUUACCAAAGCCUCGUCCGUCUCCUCCUCUUCCUCCUUCUCUCGGCAGCUUGUUGUGUCAGAGUCUUCAGCCCCUCACAAAGCUGCGGCGUGUGUCAGAUUUGGUCUCGGCUGCUGGCUCUUUCACAUUUCUCCUGGCAAACCAACCUUUUCACACAGGCUUAACAGUGACUGGAAGGGUUUCUGUGGCAUUUGUAUCUAUUUGGGGCAGCUUUUACCGGCGACAAGUUCAGUUUUGGUGAAUAUUCAAACCCCAUGACGCCCCAGAGAGUCGACCCCAUUGUCUCUUUUUCUGCCUGAGUGGAAGGAACUGAGCUUCAUCGCCCAAGGACCAGCGGUGCUGAUCAGAGAUGCUUCAGAGUGACCAGGCCAGGAUGUAAUGUCAGACACUAAAGGGACGGAGCUGAGGAUUCAGUCUCCACCUCACAUCUGUGAAUGUACCCUCGAUGUGAGCCCCCCAAUAAGUUAACCCACAAAUGUAUAUCAUGAAGUAAACGCUAAAGGUGUACGAGGGCGUGAGAAAAUUCAUGAAAAUCAAUUUUGAGAUUUAUUUUAGUCCAUAUUUGGUGAUAAAAAGUUGUGGAGAUAACAAAUUGAGAGAAAAUUGAUACAAAUCUGCAAAACCAGCAGCUCUAAAUUCCCUUCAAAGUUUGCGUUAAUCACACGCUUCCCUUCCUCCAGAUGUUUUCUGUAUAGAUUUACAGGGACAAUCUUCCACUCGGCUACAUCUGGUUCCUCUGCACUCCGUGCAAAAUCAGGCGUGGCUGUCGAUGGUCAGCGCCCCAGUCUGUGGAUGCGGAGGGGAGCGUGAUGUCGUCGGAGGGGCUUAAUCGAGACUAAUCUGUAAAUUGAAAAACAAAUCAUCAUCUCUGACGACGUCACGCUAGCAUCACCCUGCCGUCCAAUCAGACGCACUUCCUGAUGCGACACUGUCAUCCUAUUUCGUCAGGGUGUGCUUCUGCUGCUUUUAUUUUUUAUUUUUGUCACGUUUAAUUACUAAAGAUAUUGAGUAAUAUGAGGAAAAGGGGGGUUGAGCCUUUCACAGAAAACACUUAAGAAGUCUUCAAAUGUUUAAGUAUAUUUGUACUACAUCUAAACACAAAACACUUCUGUACAAAAGCGUUCUAUGGUACACCAUCUUUGGUUUGAAAUACUAAAAAGAGAACGAGUCGGCUUUCAUUAGAUUUACAGUUUUCUCCAUUGAAUCUAUGGUAGUAUUGAUACUGUGAUUGUGGGAUUGGUUCAGAGCACCACAUCACUCUGUUCCCAGAGUCCAAACAGCCAGGACUGGUUCACAAAUCUCCACAGUAAGGUGAUUUUAAGAGUAAUUAAAGAAUUUUUUUUUCUAUUUAUAUAAUUUAUGAACCAGGAUGAAGGUGUUGAUAAUUUGACUGCUUGUGCUUCUGUCAUGUUGAAGGGCCUCUUCUUUCAUGGCAGGGCCUACUUGAGUCUGAACUGCUGUAAAAAAACAACAAGAAAAAAUAACAAAACAAAAAAAAAACUUAAAAAAAUAAUCUGAAUGUCUGGUAUAAUAAGAACUUUAUCUCUGCUUUCUAUUUCUUAGACAUUUCCAGUUGUACUUUUCCAUCACAUUUCCAUUCAUCACAUUUGUUUUUGUUAGGAGUCCUCGCUCUUUAUUUUUAUUUUUUUAGAUAUUUCUAAAUCACAUUUCUCCCGUUGGGUUAUAGAUGCAGCGCUGUAAUACAUGCCUAGAAAACUGUACAGUACAAACAUAGGUGGACUUUCUUUUUUUUUUUUUUUUUUUACCGGUGAUUGAAGACCCUCUCUGGUCGAUGCUUGCUGUUUGUAACUUAACACUAAAAUUUAAAAAAGUUACUUUUAUUUUCCAACAUUUUAUUGCUUGCUUUGAAUAGUGCCAGUGAAGUGCAGAUAUAUAUAUUUUUUGGUCUCAUAUGUGACCUUUUCUACCGAUGAUUUACCCUUCAUCCUCAUUAAGGGCUAUCAUAGUGCAUCCGACAGCAGGGAGUGGAGUUCAGGACCAUGGUGAACCAAGUCAUCCACUAGAAUACUCGUGUAAAGAGAUUAACAGUAUAGGCAGGGUGUUAGGACAAAUGUAAGGUGUGUGUGUGUGUGUGUGUGUGUGUGUGUGUGUGUGUGUGUGUGUGUGUGUCUGCGCAGACAGUUUACAAACACUAAAAAAAGUUUUCUUCAAGUAUUUCUUUAGAUCCUUUGGAUUGUCGCUAAUUUCCACUACAUUUAGUUCUUUUUUUUUUUACAUUAAUUUCAGUGUUACCUGUAAUAAUUUGUGGUCUAGAUGCACCAAACAGUAAAACUACCAGUAUUGCACAUUUCCCCAAGUAUUUGAGCUCUGGCCAAGAUGUCGUUCUAAGCCGUCCUGGUGGGUUUUUUGUAUAUUUUAACCUAAAUGAAUUUCAGCUCUUGUGACAUUUUGGGAUUCUAUAUAGAGUUAAAAUUGCCAUCGUUGAAAUAAACUGCAUUACAUAUUCUGGUUUUGUCUGAUGUUUCUUGAAAUAUUAUGUGGAUUAAAAAUAAAAAAUAGCCGAUAAAUGACACUGAUUUUUUUUUCUAACAGUUUUCUCUAUCUGACAAAUAUAAGAUACGCUUAAAUUAAAUAAUCUUUUAACGAUGCAUAAGACAAUUCAGAGACCUUAAAAAUGAUUAUCUUUUCUUUCCUGCUUUGUGAUUGGCUUAGUGUGCUCUAGAAUGGCCAACCGUCUUGAGAGCAAGAUUCCACUAAAUGCCGAAAUAAAGCCUCAUCGGUCGAAUUUCUAGCCUCUGCUAUAAGAACAAAUACCUUAAAAUGGGAAGCCAAUCACAAUUGAAAUGUAUGUAGGUUAAGAUGUAUAAAAAGCACCAGUAUGCUGUUACUGCCACCUUAUCUGAGAAUUACACUAACUGCUUGCUGAUGGAAGAGGAUCAGAAUGCCAGUGCUCAGACCCAAGUGUUUAUCAGUAAUAAUUUUUCUGUAUUGAGUGCAGCUCACUUAACGGUGUCAAAGCAUGUGUUCAUUAACAAAUUUGACUACAAAUCUGGCACGUGUUGAAAGGCUAUGUGUGCGAGUGUGUGUGUGUGCGUGCGUGUGUUAGCAUCUCAGUGUUGUGCAGUUUGGUUCUUAUCGGAGCAGAAAUUCAGAAAUGCUGUCCCCUUGCCUGUUAUUAGCUUUAUUGGUUUUCCAAUUAUCACCAUUGCCUCGAAUAAACACGUUCUUCACGUCCCCUUCCUGCGAGCUUGUUAAACUAAUUGGGAUCCAGCCGAUCUCAGACAUCAGUGUGGAGUUGGUCGACACUCAUAUUAAAGCGUAAUAUUUCCGUGCAGAACACUACCAGAACACUGUUAAGAUCACUUGAUUAAUUUUUCCUCACGAUAAUGAAACCUGACGGUCAAUCAUUAGUGGUGUGCAUAAAAAUGCUUGUUUUUGGUCUUUAUUUUGUAUGUAAACCAAAAUGUAAACCAUGUAUUAUACUGAGUGUGCCAACCCCAUUCCCUAGAGCCAGGCUCUCUCUAAGUGCCAAUGCUGUGGUCAUUAUCAAAGGGACCACCAUUUGAGAAGCCCCCCAACACACACUCCUUUUUAAAUCACGUCACACACUAAAAGCAAAGAUGAUCUAGCACAGAAAGAUUUAAUUCUGUAUUUAAAAUUGAAUUUUAAUGCUAAUCUGCUCUUUUUUUUAAUAUAAACUGUAAUAACUGCAUGUGAUGUUUUAUUUUGUCAGAAGUGAGGGCUUGGAUGUUUUCAUUGAAGUAGAGCCCUUAACGAAGGGCCUUCAGUUUGUUGUUAUCGAUGUAUAUUGAUUUACAUAACUUGCCAUAUUUUUUAUGUGUUUCAUGUAUUUGUUUCAACCACUGUUGCCUGAUCCUCAUUCAAACAUGAACAUGACUUAUGAUCGUUGCCGCCUUCUAAGAGAGAAACAUAAUGACAAGGUAUCUGUUUUAAAUUGAAAUAAAAUUGUUCCUAUACUUGCA